AUGAUUGUAUAUAACAAUUAAGCAAAUUACAAAAUUGCACUCCUUUAUACUAACAAGGCCAUACAUUCUAAUCCCUUAAAUGCUGAUACUUUCACUAAGAAAAAAUACUUUUUUUUAUCCAAUAGUAAUUCUAGAUAAAGACUUACUCAAGAAAAAAAGAGGCUUGUUGGGUUGGACUCAAAGAAUAGUUUCUCCUAUAUUACAUUAACCAAGGUAACAGUAUUUAUUUAUGGGUAUGAAUCUUAUUUGAUGAAAUUGAGAAUAAAGAAUAUGCACUUAUAGAUUGUAAUAAUGCAUUUUUAUUGA